CCGCCUGGAAGAGUUCCGAAUAGUGUUUCGGUAUAAAAGCCACUGCCGGGUCCUGAGUUAGAACAUAAGCAGUUCAGGUGUUCUAACAUCGAAACCUCAACAAUACAAAACAACCAAAACCUCCUCACAAUGAAGUUCAUCGUUGCCGCCGUUGUUCUUGCCCUGGCCGUCGCCUCGGAAGCUAGCUGGCCUGCUGGUCCAUGGGGUCCAUGGGGAGCUACCGUCGUCCAGGCUAACGCUCCAGUGUGGCCUGCUGCCCACUGGGGUGGAGCAUACCCAUACGCCGGUGCUUACGGUGCGUGGCCAGCUGCCGCCGGUCAUUGGGGUGGUGCUUGGCCAGCUGCCGCUCACUGGGGUGCUCCAGCGGCCUCGGUUGCUCACCAUGCCGGAGUUGUUCCCGGAGCUACCUCGGUGACUGCGAACCGUGGUGCCGUCCAUGUUGCUCCUCUGCCCGGACACGCCAUCUCUCAGAAGCAGCUGAAUCUGGCCCCAGCCCCAGGAACUCUCUAAGAUACCAAAACUAAAUCGCCCGAUCGUCAUCCCUAUCCAUAUCAAAUCACAGCAGGAAUAUGCUCAACUCACGUUCACACCCUGAAACCGAACAGACGAACAACUGCCAUGCUUGAAACUGUCAACCCGAAGUUCUGUGACUGUCAAAAGCGAAAAAAAUAUUGUUUACCGUUGUAAAUAUACCUACAUCAAUACUCAGAUAGUGAUUCAACUAA